CUGCAAAUCAGGAAAAUACACCAGUGUUUAAAACCUGAAUUAUUCUCACUGGUCACAAGUCUGCACAGAAUGUCUGGUAUAUGAACAAGAUUAUAAAUUAUCACAGAAAUUCACGUUCAUUCACUGAACAGCCACAAAAGACAUGCACAUAAUGCAGUUGUUUGAAAAAUGAAUGAAAAGAUUAAAAUACAGACAUUUGACCAAUCAAAUCAAUUGUUAGGCAAAAGAAAACAUUUGACAAACAUAUUACAUACAAGUAAAACUAAUUUCUGCCGCCUGUAUGAGGCAUUCACAGGACAUCAGUAUUUGUCAUUGCUGACCUCAGUCCUACAGGCUAAUGAGGAAAUUCUCACUGAUGUGAAAUACAGUCUUGUUUACUGUAAACUAAAUUGUAUGCCAUGUUAAAAAUACUAAAGAGAGAAAACGUGAGUCAGUCAGAGAGAGGCUGUCUUUGUAGUUGCAAGUGAAUGAUUUCAGUUGCUUAUUUUGCUUAGCGAGGUUUUACUUAAGUGGUUUAGUGAGGUAUUUUUUCUGUUUUCACCUUCUUUUUAUUUUUUUGUAUUUCUUCCCUUUUUAACCUUUUUGAGCUACUUUGAGCUGUAAUAUUUUACAUAUUUAAUUGAUUUUGAUAUUUUGGCUGUUGUAACACAGUAAUUUCUCAGCUUAGGACAAAAUCUUAUCCACAGACAAACAGACUCGCUAUGUCACACUCUGUGCUGCCGCUGCUCUUCUUUGUGGUUUGCAGCACACAGGCUUUUGACUUCUUGAGCAACCAGCAGCCUGGAUUUUAUGGCACAGCGACGUACUUCACAAAAGAUACUGGUGUAAAUGGAUCUGCUAUGCUGACAUUUCGGUGUACACUGAACAACCGCUACUGCAACAACGCUUCCCCAUAUACUUGCCAAAAUAGCAGUUGUGGAAAUGUACUAAACAAAAUUGAUGAAAUCAGAGGAGAGUGGUGCCAGAUGGAGGAAAUCCUUUAUGUUCCGGUUCCCGACCAAGAUGUGCACCUGGUAAAGCUGCAUGGUGGUAAUUGGAUUUAUGGCAGUAACUUGACUUCCGGUGAUAAUGAGACGAAUGGAGUCAUGAAUAACAUUACAACUGAAGCCCUGAUAGACCUGAGGAACCGCUCUGACAUUGGCAAAGAAAACUCAUCUCCGCAGACCACCAUCCUGCCAGUUAUGACAGUUCCUUCAAACUGUGAGAUGAAUUUCACCUUGUUGAUGUUUGAUCCUGAUGGAGACGAGGUUAAAUGCAGAUUUGGAAACACAUCAGAGUGUCAGCCCUGCAAUUCGUCAUCUUUCCUCACUAUUUUACCAUCAUCUUGUACUCUGUCAUUCAGCCCCACCAACAGCAGUAAUGUAAAUCUGUAUGCAGUACAGCUGAUGGUGGAGGACUUCCCCAGGGAGAACAUCACACUGACUCAAACCAAUGGUACAGAGACAAUAAUAACUACCAACGAUGCUAUCAGCAAAGUGCCAGUCCAAUUCAUUUUGAGAGUGGAUACUGCUGUGACAUCGUGUGCAGAAGGAGCGUUUUUGCCCAAGUUUCUUCCUCCAACACCAGCCAACGGAGCUCAGCUCUACAACAAUGCCAGUCAGACUCUGGAAAUUAACAUCAGUGCAGAGGCAACAAACUCUACGAUCUCUGAGCUGCUGUUCAGCGGUCUAUCUAAUGUAACUGAGGGAAAAAAGGGACCAGGGCAGUUCACUUUGACAUGGAUGCCGUCUGAAAGAGAAUAUGGUGGAAGCCAUCCAUUCUGCUUUGUUAUACAGGCAGACUCCAAUGGAACCAAGUACUACUCAGAGCUUCGAUGCGUCAUUGUGAGCGUUGGAAACAAGUCAGAAAUAAUUAUAACAACGACCACUGCAGCAACUCUUCCCAGUGAAGCAACUACUACAGCUGGAGCAACUCAUACCUAUAAAGCAACUACUACAACUGGUGCAACUCUUACCAGUGAAGCAACUACUACAGCUGGAGCAACUCAUACCAAUAAAGCAACUACUACAACUGCAGCAACUCUUCCCAGUGAAGCAACUACUACAGCUGGAGCAACUCAUACCUAUAAAGCAACUACUACAACUGGUGCAACUCUUACCAGUGAAGCAACUACUACAGCUGGAGCAACUCAUACCAAUAAAGCAACUACUACAACUGCAGCAACUCUUACCAGUGAAGCAACUACUACAGCUGGAGCAACUCAUACCAAUAAAGCAACUACUACAACUGGUGCAACUCUUACCAGUAAAGCAACUACUACAGCUGGAGCAACUCAUACCAAUAAAGGAACUACUACAACUGGUGCAACUCAUACCAAUAAAGCAACUACUACAACUGCAGCAACUCUUACCAGUAAAGCAACUACUACAGCUGGAGCAACUCAUACCUAUAAAGCAACUACUACAACUGGUGCAACUCUUACCAGUGAAGCAACUACUACAGCUGGAGCAACUCAUACCAAUAAAGCAACUACUACAACUGGUGCAACUCUUACCAGUGAAGCAACUACUACAGCUGGAGCAACUCAUACCAAUAAAGCAACUACUACAACUGCAGCAACUCUUACCAGUGAAGCAACUACUACAGCUGGAGCAACUCAUACCAAUAAAGCAACUACUACAACUGGUGCAACUCUUACCAGUAAAGCAACUACUACAGCUGGAGCAACUCAUACCAAUAAAGGAACUACUACAACUGGUGCAACUCAUACCAAUAAAGCAACUACUACAACUGCAGCAACUCUUACCAGUAAAGCAACUACUACAGCUGGAGCAACUCAUACCUAUAAAGCAACUACUACAACUGGUGCAACUCUUACCAGUAAAGCAACUACUACAGCUGGAGCAACUCAUACCAAUAAAGCAACUACUACAACUGCAGCAACUCUUACCAGUAAAGCAACUACUACAACUGGUGCAACUCUUACCAGUAAAGCAACUACUACAACUGGAGCAACUCUUCCCAGUGAAGCAACUACUACAACUGGAGCAACUCUUCCCAGUGAAGCAACUACUACAGCUGGAGCAACUCUUCCCAGUGAAGCAACUACGACAACUGGAGCAACUCUUACCAGUGAAGCAACUACUACAACUGGAGCAACUCUUCCCAGUGAAGCAACUACUACAGCUGGAGCAACUCAUAAAAUUAUUCUGAUCAUGGGACCUUUACUUUCAAUUCUCAUCCUUUAUAAGUGAAUGCGGACACAUUGCUAGCUGAGGACCAGAAGAUAUCACAUCAGACCUCAAAAGCAGCGCGAUGCAGAUGAGUGUGGCUGCAGCACCACCCAAUUUUAAAACAUGAACAUCUACCUGCAGAAAAAUCUUGAAUUCUAUCUGUUCAUUAAGUUUAUUUACUCAUUCAUUUUUGUUUUUCUUUAAUAUCGAAUGAAAUCCAAUGAAAUCUAAUAUUGUUGAUCAUUUUAUGCAAAGAUAUAUUUCACAUUUUAAUUUUAUUAUAUAAUGGUUGUUAAAUGACUGUCCUCUUUCUUUCAUCUUAUACCUUCUCUAAUCUGUUGUUGCUAUUAGAAAUACAGUGGUUAAAAUAAAUAAUGAAUAACAACACCACAGAUGACAACAGAGCUGCUAUUGAGAUGAAAUUCUCACC